CAGGACAGGGGACAGUGGUUUCCUGUGCCUGCAUGCCCCCUGGUCUGUGCACCCACGUGUGUGCCAAUGUGUGCAAACGCUCACCACGGAGCAGCCCCCUGGGCAGAGUCCUUUCCAUGAGGCCACAUGCCUGCCACCUCCAGAGAGGCGCUUCUACAUCCUGAGCUGGGGGAACAUGAGGAAGGGCCUUCCCUGGGGAGCAACGGUGAGCGUGCUUCCGGCGGCCUCUGGAGGGGACAGGCCCCUGGCCCGGCCGUCACCUCAUACCCUCCCUGCUCCCACCCCAUGUGAACCGCAGAACCACGACCAGCCCGGCGUCCGCUGGCCCCUUCCGCACAGAGAGCCGUGUGACUCCCUGCCCUGCACUUGCUCUGCCCGCCUGGGGGCAGACCACUUCCCUCUGCGCUUUCAGUUCCCUUUUCCCAAGGAGGGAAGGCCACCUGCCCGCGCCCAGGAUGGGCCCUCACAGGGCCGCAGCAGUGGGAGCUGUGGGGAAUCGGUGUUCUUCCUAAAGACAAGUCAGAAGAGGCCCCACUGGUCCCCAGAGGGGCUGGGCCUCAGGGCCAGGAAACCAUCAACCAGGCCCGGAGUCUGGCUGCUGGGCCACCACAGCCCACCCCUCACAGCCCCGCCCAGGCCCACACCCCUAGAGCAAGGCUGGGAGACGGCGGGGUGCAGGCUCGCUCCCUGCUCACCCCAAUACAUCCACUGGGGUACCCCAGCAGAUCAGGACAAGUGUCCCUCAGCAGCUUGGACCCCAGCUGCAGGGAAUGGCGUGAGGGUGUGCAGCUGGCAUGCCAGGGUGAGCCCCUCGCCCUGGCCCCACCCCCACCCUUGCUGUGGCCACUGGGACAGUGCUGGCCCCACCGAAGCCCACCCCUCCGGGCCCUCCUCGCCAGGCCCCUUCUGUGUUGGGGCGGGCAGGCCCUGUACCAGGCUCUCCACCCUCCACAGGCCGGGCACUGGCCUAGCUGCCCCCAACCCUGGCCCUCGCUUGGCCCUCGCCUGCCAGCUGGCUGCUCCCUUAGUCCCUUAGUCCUGGGCCCUGGGAGCAAGGCUGUCCCUCCAGGAGGGUGGCUGAGGUCCCCGCCAGCUCAGGGGGAGACCCCUGAAGCCUGGCCUCAUGGGAAGACAGCACCACAGGGGUGGAGUCCAGCCUCUGGACACACAGCCAGGCGCACCCUGACCCCUUCCACAGGAAAGCGUGGCCGUGCCGGGCGGGCGGGAUCUCACUUCCCUCUGAAAUUCAGGGGUGAAGAGGCCAGGCUUCCCGAGGAGGAGGGGGUGGCGUCAUGUUUCCUGUUCCCCACCCCCUCCGCCUACCCCCAAAGUCCCGUGUCUCCCUGAAGAUGGCGUGCUCUUGUUCCAUUGGCUGUGGGGCAGGCAGGGCAGGGAAGGGGCACAUCUGGGGACAGAAACAGCACCAAGGGGACGAGGCCUGGCCGCUCCACGUGUCCCCCCCCCCAGGACACCCUGUGACCGAGGCCGUGGGCUCUUCCUCUUCAGGGAUGGGAACCUGCCUGCCCUGGCCUCUGUGGCCUGUGCCGUGGCUACUGUAUCGAAUACCACAG